AUGCAAAUCACCCCCUUCGCUACCCUCGCCGCCCUCGCCGCUAGCAUUGCUGCCAACUCGCUCAGCAACAACCCAAGCGGUGACCCUGUCAAUGCCAUAACAUUCGAGCAUCGUAGCGUGCCUGCCGAGACUGGAUGCGUGGUCGACCUUGGGAAGGGCCCGUCAAGAACAGCACUGAACCCGUCUUCCGCAGCCGACAAGAGGCGCAUGUUCAGGCAGGGUGCGAGGUUCGGCGAGGAGGCAAUGCAAGAUUCCUUCCCCAGAGGAGUACAUUUCGGCGAGCUGGAUGAGGCGGAGAAGAUAGCACCCGAGCUGGGCGAAAUCGGGGAGCUGAAAUCGGAAGAAUACCGUGGUCAUCACGGCCAUCGUCACCGUCAUCACAAGGGCACCCUCCCGCGUGUUGAACGCCAGCUCAAGUACAAGCACUACCUUUUAGAACCUACUCCGACUGAAGAAGUACCGGCGGCAUCCCCAGCACCGAAAGCCUUACCGCCUUCUAAAUUUGACGACGAUGCUCAAAGUGGUCUUGUGGUGAACGCUGUGUUUGCCGAUUCUGUCGCCGCUCCCCCUGCGCCAGCAUCCGACAGUGCGGCUGGCAGUAGUUCUGCUGCUCCAGCGGCCGUUCCUUCUCCAACUUCUCCGCCCGCACCCACACCUUCCGCUUUCGCUCUCACCUCCCGAAGCUUUGAGGACUCAGAUCACGUUGAUCUGGAGGACCGUCUCGCUAGACCCAAUACUAGGUCCACGCCAACGCCAACGCCAACGAAAGGUCAAAACAACACCGACGGCUAA